UUCCACACGGAUAGCCUAAAAGUGCCCUGUCCCGUCGUGUCAAACUGUCAACAAGCAACGCAUCCUCCAUCUCCUGUCUCUCAUGGUCACUGCUUCCAACCUGCAGCUUCCCGGAUGACGAGUGACGUCAACGAGCCAUCUUUGUUCGCCUAAUCCGAGCAUCUAUUUUUUAUGUGUACAUAGUGACAGAAGAGAGUAGCGGUAGAGCGCCCUUAUUAUAAAGGGAAUAAUAGCGAGGCGCGGCACACCGCUGGAAAGAAAUAAGAAAUAAACACAAACCUUGAAAAAACACAAGGAAUACCGCUUUACUGGAAUAACCUGGAGAGUGCAUUAUUUAUCCCGGAGACGGGGAGAAACGCCUGAAGCAGCGCGUUCAUCCACACACUUCUUGUAGACGCACAUAAAACCCGGUUCAAAAUGUCUGCCCCAGCCCCUGCCGGUGCCCCCGCCCCAGAAGGAGGUAACCAGCCUCCCCCUAACCUCACCAGCAACCGUCGCUUACAGCAGACACAGGCUCAGGUGGAUGAGGUGGUGGACAUUAUGCGUGUGAACGUAGACAAGGUUCUGGAGAGGGACCAGAAGCUGUCAGAACUGGAUGAUCGGGCUGAUGCCCUGCAGGCUGGAGCCUCACAAUUCGAGACCAGUGCUGCCAAGCUCAAGAAUAAAUACUGGUGGAAGAAUGCCAAGAUGAUGAUUAUCCUGGGGGUGAUAUGCGUGAUUGUCCUCAUUAUAAUCAUUGUGUACUUCAGCACCUAAAGCGUGACGUUCCUACCCCACUCUGAGCUCAUGAACGCCCAAUUCCAAGCCACAGAAAAAUCCCUCCCAAAAAAGAUGAGAAAAACGACUUCGAUUUGCCCUCAAAGAGUCUAAAUCCGCCCCUUCCCUUACCCCCUUGCCCCCUGCCUCCACUGCCUCACAGCUGGGCCCCUGUCACUCCUCGUCCGUCCUGUCCGUGAGUGUGUGGCCAUGUCUCCUCUGUAAAUACCUCCGGCUUUUCUGAAAUACUGUUCAUACUCGAAAAACCUCUGAUUACUUGUGACGACAACCGUUAAAAAAGAAACCACAACCCUUAGAAUACAAUAAGACGAUACGGUAUAUAUUCCAAAUGUUCUUUGUAGAGUUUUAUUCUGAUAUAAUGGGUUUUUGUAGUUUGUGUGUGAGUGUGCAUUUGUAUAUUUUUUUAAGUUUUGUAAAACUUGUUUUGCUUCAGGUUUAAACUACUGCCUCUUAAUCUGGGUGUUUGUAUCUUGCACGCUCUAUUUCACUCUUUCUCGCUCACUGAGUAUUGGUGUAUUUUUGCACAAGCGAUAGACUCCCUAAAUCAAUAUCCCCGAUUUGCCCCCUCAACCCCCUUCUUUCUUUCUUUCUCACCAACAAUACUUACUCUCUUAGUGAACUGCCACAACAGACUGGACCAAUGACUGUAGAUGUUUAUUUUUAUUUAAUGUCUUUAGUGUCUUAUCUCUUAAACAUUCCUUAAUAGCAGUGUACAACUAUGCUGUCUAUCAAACAAAGUAAGUGUAUUUAUCUUAAAGACUUUCAAAAUAGGUCUUAAACAACCUCAAGUACGCAGGUCAAGUGCUAUUCGAACUGCAAAUCAGGACCGAAACUCCCCGAUUCAUUCUGCUGGUAAAGAUUUUGAAGCCCAGAGAGAUUCAAAGCCAGACCGAAAGGGGAAAUAGCAUCAUGCACAAAAAGCUUGUUUUCGAUGGCGCUUUUUAACCGGUUAGACUGCAGGCGCGAAUGAGAGAGAACCACGCGCUGUUACGUCCUACUGCCAAACCGAUGCACGAGUUCAUCCGUCUGAAAGCACACAGGUUGAUCGUAACACUUCAACGUGAGGUCAUUUCAACAGCCGUGGUUCUCUCUCUCUUAAAUCUAGAUACUGCCUUUUAAUUUAGCCUUUCUUUUGAGUUUAAAAAUAGAUGUUUAUAUUUUUCUGUGCGAUGCAGGCAGGACGGGACCACGUCGUUUCAGGACUUGACGCUGCUGCCAUGUGCACAGCGAGCACCUUUGUGUCCCUCGCUAUUAUCCAUCUCUCUGUGUGCCUGUUUGUUGAGUUCAGCUGUAGUUUACACACUGCCAAGCACCUGAGGGGACGUUUUUUUCUUUUGUCUUUUGGUUUUUCCUCUCGUGCAUAUAAAUACGCCUCCAUCAGCAUCACCCCUUAGUCUCAUCCGCCCAAUCUGUCAACACGAAGCGAGCCAGGCGUGAAGUGUGCGUCUGCACGUGAACACCCCCCUCUUCCCUUUCACGUUUCCAAGUUAGCGCCAUUAACGCUUCUUCUUUCACACAUGAUUCGCUUUCUAGCCGAGGUUUUCGGCUUCAUCCUGACAGAUUAGGCUGCUUAGACCUUUGCAGGUAAAGAAAGGCUUUUCCCAAGGCAUAAACAGGGGGGAGGGAAUAGAUUAGCUGAUUGAUUGUGACAGGAGGCGGGGCUGUUAAGGAGGCGGGACUUGAGAAAUGAUUCCACUGGUGUGUUUUCACAUUCCAUGUUAAUCAUCCAUAUGGAAAAGGCUGACGCUUGCAGCAGAACGAAGUGUAAUAUUUAGUAUUUUCAUUUCAUUUAUUGCCUUAGUUCAUUUCGUUUGGUUUUUUCAUUCCUGCAUGGUCAUUCACUUCUUUGUCCCACUCACGUUGAGCUAUUUUAAUGAAAAAUGACCAAAGACCAUGUUAUAUCUUGCUUAUACUGCCAACAGCCAUCAAAAACAGGUUAAGGGACAUUUCCCCAGAUCUCUGGUUUUUAAAAGCCAGCAAAAGGAAACAAGAAGUCGCCCAUUUUUUCUUCAGGUCUGUUACUUGAAUAUUUAGUGAAUAAGGAAUUUGAAACUGCAAUUGCCCCAGGCCUGAUAUCUAAACAAUGAUAGCACAACUUCUCCUUUAGGUCUGUAUCUGUAAUGCUGAAUAUAAAACAUGAAACUUUCUUUGUAGCUGUUUAAAGAAGAAAAAAAGACAAAAAAAAUCUGUAUUGUUUCGUGUUGUAGUGUGGGCUUCAUCUGGGGGAAGGGGGUCUUUUUAUUUUCUAUUUAAGGCACAAACAAUCUGGAAUUAGAAUAUGAUGUAGAAUAAGAACUAUAUGUUGUAUUAGGCAAACGUAAGAAUUUUCUUCCAUUUUAAAGGGGUCUAUAACUAAACAACAACAUGCGUUGGGGUAGGACUCAAACGUGACCAGUUAUUCUCAAAUUGAAUGGAUUCUAAUAGGGGACUACUACAAAUACUGUAUGUGCUUUUUUUUGUUUGAGUGUAUGAAGACAUUUUCUUUUGUCUUGGCACUUCUGUAUUUUUCGUUCAAAACCGUGUGGGUUGAGAGGGACGGUGGGAGUAGUUUUGUCACGCCAGCCUGUUAAAGACGCUGCGUCUUCUUUAUUGGGAGGGAACCAAUGAAGACACAGAACUUUACCGGCUCGAAGCCACAGUGAUUUCUCCAUUACUCACAUCAUACAGUUGUUUAGUCUUCAGUUGUUUACUUUAUUUUAAGUUAGAAUUAGUUAAGGCUUCACAGUGGUGCUCUUUGGCACAGCUUCAUUGUGCUUAGUCAGGAGAGGGUGAUUUUUUUCUAUAAUUUGAGUUUAAAUAUAAGAAGGUUGACCUAUCAAAGUAAUAGUGGAAAACAAACCCUGCCUUAUUGAAGGUUAGUGUGUCGACAAAACAUUGUACAGACUGGGAUAUCAAUUGGUACUUCAAAUGUUAGUUCAAAGAUGUUUCAAAUGAAAAUUGAUGGUGUUUAUAAGAUUUUUGGAACUGGGUAAAGUUGAAUUUAAGGGGGCUGAUCCUAUAGAGCUUAUUGGAGGUUUAGAAACGCAUUGAACCAAGAGCCAAGUUGCUGUAUUAAUAACAAUUUGUUUAUUUAUUUGAUUUAAGGAGGUUCGUUUAGGGAGGAAGGUUGGGGAUUAGCAUUAGCCCUGUUUGUCUGGCCUCUCUGGAGGGACUAGGCUGGAGGAUCAUGGGUAAUGCGGUCUUCGCCGUUUUAUUUUAUGUUGUUGUUAUUUUAUUUUAUUCUAUUUUUUAUUUAUUUGUGUCAUAAGUUAUAGUGGACUACAUAUUAAACAGAACGAAGUACAUUGUAACAGGGAACCUUUUGGCAACCAGACAUACAUGAAAUCAAUUGUAGAGUAAAUCUGUCAAUGUCUAUUAUAUGGAUGAACAUCUUGGGAAAAUAUAUAUAUAUAUAAAUAUACAUAUAUAUAUUGCAAAAAAAAUGACAGUUAUGAUGACCUGUGUUUAUUGUUCCGAGUUAGAAAUUAAAAUGUGUGUGUGUUUGAAAACAAUGACAACAUAAAAAAUAAAUAUAUAAUAAAAAUG